AUGAAACCCAUAUACCUCCUCUCCCUCCUCCCCCUCGCCCUAGCAAAACAAAAAGACAACCCACCACCCACAACCCAACUCCACGACCCUCAUCUCCCAAUCUACCUAGGCGAAGUAUUCUGGCCUCCAGUAAUGACCUUCCUGGCCUUCCUCCCACCCCCCGCAACCUCCAAACACACAUCCGAAACCUACUGGUGCUGGUCCGCGCUCGACGUCACGAACCAGAUUCUCUUCAACCUCGGCGGCAUCAACAAUUUGCAAGUCGAGAAUUAUUUCGACGACCAAGCUUAUUUGACGCGGGAAGGCGAGAGGUGGGCAGAUUGUCAUGUCACGCCUGAGAGCCAUCGGAUGGGGACGUGUAAGGGCGUGGAGGAUUGGGAUUGUAUUGGUGGUCAGAGGUAUACCGGACCGGGGAUUAGAAAGUGGAGUUGCUGGCCGAAUGAUAUGGAGGCGGCUGUCAAGGAGUAUGAGGGAAGAUUGAUGAUAAUUGAGAGUAAGAGGAAUAAGAAUAGAACAGUUCCGGCGUUGGGUGAUGAUGGGUUGACGAGCACGAAGGAAGUUAAAGCCACGGAGACGAAAGUGGUUACUGGAGCGAUGGCUAGUAGUGAUAUCAUUGGUGGUUUUGAGCCAAAAGUCACCGGCAUUUAG